UAUAUAGAGUCUCUCCGGAGAGAGGAACGCAGAGCAGAUCCACAGAGCGAUAGCAGCGGAACAAACCGAGCACAAUACCGCAAGCAAAGCAAGGCGAAGCGACGCAGCUGCCCUGAAAUAUACUGCAUAACGACACCCAGCGCGACUUCAGGAAACGCUGACGUUUCGGUGAUCUCUAUAAAGCAGGCGAUGGAAGAGCACGUGGUACCGGCCUCGGACAGCUCUCGGGAAUCGGGCCUGCUGAGACGGAGACACAAUGGCGAGCCGAUCUCGAUCAGCGACUCGAGUAGCAAGUACUGGGUGCUGAGCGAGCUGAACCAGCGCGGCCCGGAGCUGACUGCCACGAUGCUGCAGCUUUACAGCAUCUCACAGCAAGUGACUCUGCUCGUCUCCACCUACAUACCGCAGAGCCAUCCCGGCUCGGGGCAGCUGAUGGUUCUGGGCAUCAAAGGCACUAAUUACUUCCUGUCCUGCAGAGGCCCACCCAACUCGCCCGUCCUGAAGCUGGAGACAGUAGCGGAUCCGGAGAACAGCCUGAAGACGAUCAGCAUGAGCAGCGACACGGCCCGGUUCCUGUUUUACAAGCGAGACAACAACACAUCCUCCACUUUGGAGUCGUUUUUGUACCCCGGCUGGUUUAUCAGCAACCACAGCUGUAAUGAGCGUUCGCCAGUGACCAUGUGCAGAGGAAUAACGGCUGCAGGACGCGUCGCCCAGUUUCAUCUCUCACGCGUAACGAACUCUCUGAAACCAGGCGGAUAUCUCCCUGUUUAGACUGCGCUUGUGGAUCUCCUGCUCCACCCCUCCUGCUCUGCACUGGACUCUCCUGACCUCAGCACCACCUUACUGGAUCCUCAGCUGAUGCGCUAUCCU